GAAGCUUUAGAUGGUAGCCAUAUUGUGUCGAUAGUGUCAAUAAAAAUAAAAGUGAAUUUCUUGAAUUUUAGUGUGUAUGUAGUGGGGCUUCUGGCCUACAAGUAUGAACAAAACCUCCAGUAGACGCUCCUCCUAGCAAUGGCAGCAUCUAGAAAAUUACAAGGUGAAAUUGAUCGGUGCCUGAAAAAAGUGGCGGAGGGAGUGGAACAGUUUGAAGACAUUUGGCAAAAAGUUCAUAAUGCCACUAAUAGUAACCAAAAGGAAAAAUAUGAAGCAGACCUUAAAAAGGAAAUUAAAAAACUUCAAAGAUUACGUGAUCAAAUCAAGUCUUGGUUAGCCUCGGGGGAAAUAAAGGACAAAUCUCAACUACUCGAGAACCGGAAAUUGAUAGAAACGCAAAUGGAAAGAUUUAAAGUAGUAGAAAGAGAAACAAAGACCAAAGCAUACAGUAAGGAGGGUCUCGGGGCAGCACAAAACAAAGACCCAGCGCAGCGAGAAAGAGAAGAAGUCAACAGUUGGCUUAGUUCCUCUAUAGAUACCUUAAAUAUACAGAUGGACCAAUUUGAAUCAGAAAUUGAGUCUUUACUAGCAACGCAAAAGAAGAAGAAGAUGGAUAAAGACAAGUCGGAUCGGAUAGAAGACCUCAAGGAAUAUAUAGAUAGACAUCAGUACCACAUCAAGAAGUUGGAGAUUCUUAUGAGAAUGCUCGACAACCAAUCCAUAGACUGUGAUCAGAUUAAAAUGAUUAAAGAAGAUGUUGAAUACUACAUCGAGUCCUCGCAAGACCCAGAUUUCAGUGAAAACCUUGGGCUAUACGAUGACAUUGACAUGGACGACUUGGACUAUCCAACACCUGAAAUAACUGUAGGCAAACAUGUGCUUGGCGGGAGCCACGACAGCACAGACGGGUCAACACCUUCCUCGGCGUGCGGGUCAUCACCGGCCCCGUCCCCCGCCACCAACCAUUCCAAUGACCAUGACGCACCCACCACACCUCACGAUAAGAAGAGAAGCAGUAAAAAUGAAGAGUCAAGAUCGGUCAGUUCAACGAGCCAGCCGGUAAAACCUUUGGUAGUAAGACCAACGACCAACAGCAUCACAAACAACAGUACCCUAAAUAGUAAUAGUAGUAGUAAUACCAAUAACAGCAGCUCUGUGUCCUCCUCCAUUGUUGUGGUCAACUCAAAUUCAUCAUCCAAGGCCACACCACCUCCAUCCACCCCUACAAAGCCUGUAUCAGAGAGAUGGCCCAGCGUUGGACUUCCUCCAUUCAGCGACAGACUUGUUUGUGAAGAGUCCUGUUGUUCAGCCUCUCAAACUACUCCAAACAACAGUAACACAAGUUCAGGAACUUCCAAUCAUUUAAUCACCUCAACUUCACAACACAAUAGUACAGGGAGACAUUCGCCAGAACCAAGUGGAUUGAUGAACAGCAGUAUUGUGAAUAGUAAUAGCGGAAGUGGCAGCAGCAGUAGCAGCAGCAGUAGUAGCAGUUGCAGCAACAGCAGCAGUAGCAGUGGCAACUCUGUAUCAAACAGUAUAGGUAGCGGGAGUAGCAGUAGUAGCAGCAGCAGUAAUGGUCUCAGCAGUGGAGUUAGCAGCAGUGUCAGCGUAACUUCUCCGCAGGGCAGUCUAGCUGGCAGUGCGACUACGACUCCAGCGCUACCAUCUGGAGCGCCAACUCCGUCAGCACCAUCUGCCCACACAGGGCACACAUCUAUGAAUGCUGCCGAUACCACGGUAUCAUUAAAAGCGAUAGCCCAGAAGAAAGUUAAUGAAGUUAAUUCCACAUCGAUACCACCCUCAGUGUUGGAUGGCAGCAGUUGUGUUGUAAGCAGCAGCAGUACCACAUCCAGCACUAAUACCAAUAGUAACAACAAUACCAGCGCCACUAAUAGUUCAGGGAAGAGCACUACAACGUGUGAAGCGCAUAUCCCUCCACUAUUAGGAGUGGCUCCACUUGGCCCAGCCCAGUUAACAGUUGAACACCAUCCUAGAAAUAAAUCACAUUUACCUAGACUGUGUUCUGAAGAAAAUUGUAAUUGGCAGAUAUUUUAAAGAUAUGUUGCCCCUGGGCACAUGCCUUUAUUUUUGUCCUCUUGGUGCUUUUCUUCUGGUUAUGCAUAUGUUUAAGGUGUUAAAUAUUUUUCCAAGAAUGCCUGUGAAAUACUAGAAAUUUUGGUGUGCUUUGAUUAGCUUCUAUGCAUACCUAUUGCUAGUAUCUGGUAAAUACUGAUAAUCUUGCCUAAUGUGUGUAUUAAGUUAUAGUUUUUAUUACACAUCAAGAAAUCAACAGCUUACUGUAACAUUCACAUAAUCAUAUUUACUGGUUGUAAAAGCAUACGACUGCCAUUCGCUCAGAUGUAUGAGAAUCAUUUUAUCUUAAGUUAGUAUACAAGAAAUUCAUUCCUUACAUGUAUUUAUGCAUGAAUAUAAUUUUGGUUUUCUAUAAGUUCAGCUUUAAAGUAGGGGAUUUAUGUGUACAAGAAGUCGGUCAAUUGCUCAAGGCAAAGAUGCAGCUGACAGACUUAUGGAAGCCCUCAGACAUCUAAGUGUCCAGCUAAUGGCGUAGGAAUCAUGUAGAUAGUGUACAGUCGUUGUAGACUUUUUAUACAGUGUAAAUGAUAUUUUUAUACUGUCCUUGACAUCCCUACAGAGGUAUGCAGUGUAUCUGGAAACUGGCCACUUUUCCUGGUUGAUUUGGAACAUCAUGUUGGAAAUAAGAAUUUACAGAUUUACUGUUGUUAUUUACAGCGGUGUUAACUACUGUAUGCAAGAAUAUCAAUGGAUUUGUACCACUGCAUCAGUUUCAGAAAGCCUAAUUUUCCUAUACAGACUACUUGAGAAAUUGUGCCUCAUUAAAAACUGUGAUUGGUCAGCAUUCAUUGAUGUUGUUGUGUAUAGAUUUUGCAUAAUUAUUUGUCCAGGUUGGCUACUGGCAAAGACAACUUGAGUUUUUAAACCCAUUAUCACUUACAAAAACUUCUUCACAACUUUUAAGGUUUUACAAAUUUGUUUUCUUAUUCAGUAAUAUUUUCUUUCAUUGAUACCAGUCGGUUCAUCAUGGCAAUUGAGCAGUGGUUGUGGUUUCAUGAGAUAAUGGGGCAAACAACAGUGGUUUAAGAGUAGAAGACAAAGGUGUUUAUAUAAAAGUGAUAUAAAAUACACUCUAUUUCCUGUGGAA